AGAGAGAGAGAGACCUAACUCAGUACCGGCCGAACGAAAUCGAGAGAAAAGCGAGAGAACGUGACGGCGAGGAAGAAGAAGAGAGAAUGUGGUUCACCGGCGGCGGAGGAGGACUGAGGAAGCUCUGUAGAGCCUCCGCAACUGUUAUCGAGAACGAGAUGAGCUGUAACUCUCUGCUAGUGAGAUACAUGUCGAGAGAGCGAGCUGUAAACGUGAGGAAGAUAAACCCUAAGGUCUCGAUCCAAGAAGCUCACGUCAUCUCCAGCUCUCUCUACGAAGUCUUCAAGAAACACGGACCUCUCUCCGUUCCCAACACUUGGCUCCGCGCCCAGGAAGCUGGGGUAAGUGGAUUGAACAGCAAGACUCAUAUGAAGCUGAUGUUGAAAUGGAUGAGAGGGAGGAAGAUGCUCAAGUUAAUCUGUAACCAAGUUGGUUCCUCCAAGAAGUUCUUUCACACCGUUUUAUCUGAUGAUGAUCCUCAACAAGAGACACCACCAGUUGCUGCUGCUGCUGCUGCCACGACUGAGAAGAACAAAAAAGCCUUCUCAAAGAGAAGAAGCAAAUAAGGAUCUGCCACAAGAUCCCUGUGGACAAUCGCGUGUUUGUUUUCAUUUGGUAUUUGUUUCUGUGUCUGAGGAAAUGAAUGUGUUUCAAUCUCCCAGAGUGAACACUUUAGUUACUGGUGUAGAAAUUUUUGAGUAAGUCAGGGUUUGUUUUUUUGUCCUUUUGCUUCGUUCCCUUUGAAUAAAAGAAACAUCGAUUUACAAUGCAACAAGAUCACUGGUA